AUUUACAUACGUAUAGACCAGAACAAGUGCAUCCGGCAGCUUUAGAAAUAUCAGUAAUGAGAGAAAUGGACAACGAAGAAGAAAGGAGAUUCAGUUCUGAAGUACUUUUUUUAAGGACACAGGGCCAAUAACAUGUGAAUGACUAAUCUGUCUCGGUCCAUAAUAAGAGGAACUGAUCUACACAUAAACAACAUUACUCCAAAAACAUAAUGUAGAGUCAUGGUGACGUGCAGUAAAACACAGAAUGUAGAAAUAAGUAGAAAAUCAUCUAUAAAGUGCCAGGCGACACAUGUUUGUCACAUUUUGAUUUUAUAUUAAAAUGAAUCUAAAUUAAUUAUAAAAGAACUCAGCAGUGCAUGUAUGAGUUUUAUUGUAAUGAUUCAGGCCUUCAAAAAUGUUCGACACAUAAUGUUUUAGAGACAUAAAAAUAAGUCAGUGACUCAAUAAAAGGAACUUAAAGGCUAAGUGCAGCUGGAAUACACACAGAAGUCACACUGUAAACGCAUCUUAGUUGAGGUCGCCCUCUCAAAUAAUGAGGCUACUGAAACAAGGACGCCCGCUGCUGUUGCUGAAGCUCACUGUUGUACUGGGAUCGCUAUGGAUGCUUACCCUACUCAGUCGCCCCAAAACAGGCUGGGAUACUACCUACAUACUUGGGUACAGCUGGUUGGAGUAUACAGAUGCUGAUAGCGGCCCAGAGAAAGUGUGCAACUGCUCAGCAAUCCUGCAGGGAGAGAAGGAGGCACUGGUGCAGGCUAAACUACUGUCCAUCACUCGAGAUUUCCACAAGAGUGUUCGGAUCCCCAAUGAGUAUUAUAUCAAUGCAACCCAAGACUGCAGGAAAUUCAGGAUAAGCAGGAAAUACAUAUCAUUCCCCUUAAGCCAGGAGGAAGAGGACUUCCCUCUGGCUUACUCUAUGGUUGUGCAUCAUAAGGUGCAGAACUUUGAGCGACUGCUGCGAGCCAUCUACGCACCUCAAAAUAUCUACUGUGUCCAUGUGGACAAAAAAUCAGAGGCCUCAGUCUUCUCUGCCAUCAGGGCCAUUACCUCCUGUUUCCCAAAUGUCUUCAUGGUCAGCCAGGCUGUGGACGUGGUCUAUGCUGCAUGGCCACGUGUCCAGGCUGACCUUAACUGUAUGGCUGAUCUGUAUCACGCCAACACAAAAUGGAAAUACUUCAUCAAUCUUUGUGGCCAGGAUUUUCCUCUGAAAACCAACUUGGAGAUUGUAAGGUUGUUGCGUUCACUGAGGGGCGGCAACAGCUUGGAGUCAGAAAAAAUGUCAGAACGAAAGAAGUGGAGGGUGUCAAAUGUUCACCAGAUAGUUGAUGGACAAAUCCAGGGGAUAGGAAAGGCAAAGGAACCACCUCCAUUCAACCUGCCCAUUCUGUCAGGAAAUGCCUACAUUGUGGUUAACCGAGGCUACAUCCGCAGCGUGUUGGAGGACACCAGAGUACAGGCACUGAUCGAGUGGGCCAAAGACACCUACAGUCCUGAUGAGUUCCUCUGGGCAACUAUUCAACGAAUCCCCGGUGUUCCUGGAUCAACGUGGCCCAACCCCAAAUAUGACAUGACUGACAUCAAUGCGAUUGCACGACUGGUGAAGUGGCAGUGGCAUGAGGGGUCACAGGGUUCGCUGCAGGCGGUGUACCCAGAGUGUCACGGUAACCAUGUCAGGGCAAUAUGUGUGUAUGGUGCUGGAGACCUGCAGUGGAUGCUUGAGCAGCAUCACCUCUUUGCCAAUAAAUUUGACGUAGACACAGAUCCCAUUGCUGUCUACUGCUUGGAGAAGUAUCUGAGACAAAAGGCACUGGCUGAGUUAUAUUAGAUACAUGGGAAAUUUUUCUGCUAUAAAUGAUAGACAAUUUUCAAGGUAUUAUUUAAAUUUAGAAUGUAAUAAAAGCCAAAGUUCAUUUCAAUUGAAUUCAGUUUUAUGUAUAUAGUGCCAAAUCGCAGCCAAAGUUUUCAAAGUUUUUACACUUUCAUUACAGACCAAACUCUUUAUCUUCAGAGCCAAAAUUUCCCUCAUGAACAAGCAGGAAAAACUUUCUUUUAGCAGGCAGAAACCUCCAUCAGAGUCAGGUUGUGCAUUUUUAUUGUAUAUUACUCAUUUGUAUUCACUUUAACAUUAAAGAGUGUUUUGUUAACUGAUCAGUGUCAAAAAAGAUUCAAUAAUCCACUGUGAUUCAAUGUUAUAAAAAGACUAAAAUCACUGUGGAUAGGGUACUUUUGAUUGCUUUGCAAAGUGCAGUGUGUGCACUGUGGUGUAUGGUAUACUUUUUGCCUGCAAGACCGUUGUUGCAAGACAAUUCAUAAAUAUGCAAAAUGCCAAGAAUAGAAGACAAACACAUCCUUCCAGGUGGUCCAUGGCUAUGUUCAUGUCAUGAAAAGGCAAACAUUUUUAUUGAGGUGCAAUCGGGUGGUAAUAUCAAUAAAGCCACAAAAAUUAUUUUGAUGUUUUUGUUUUAGUAUUUAUGACUGGGCACUGCUGUUUACAAAAAUACUUUGUGUUAAUAGAUGUAACACAUCUCACUGGGAGAUAUUGUUAGCCAGCUGCAAUUAUGAAAAUAAUGCAGAAACAGAUGCCUGGGCUAAUUCAUCAUUUUAAUUAUUAUUUUUUUUUAUUUCUAACUGAUGUUUCAGGACACUCAUGUAAAUUGGUUAUAAAAUUUAUUAUUGAACUGUAAAAUAUCCUGCCUCAUUUACAUAGCACUGUGUUUUAUAACUACAUUUGAGGGUUCCGUGUGUAGUUCUUGAGUAAAUCUGCUAGAAAAAGUAUUUGGUUCUGUGUUGGUGGGCUGCAACUGAAAAUAAAUGAAAAGUGCAAGGUU